AUGCCAGCAUUUCGAUCAAGAUUACUUUCAACUGGUGAAGUGAUUCAACCAGUUGAACAAGUAUUUGAUCAAAUGAAAGAAAUGGAAGAUCAAUUAGAUCCUUUAUUCUUUAAGAUGGUGGAUUAUUACUUUGAUAAAGGAGCAGCAGUAAUAAUGCCAAAACUUGCUGAAGAACAUCCAUCACGUGAAAUGUCGAAAGAAGUAAAGCAGAAGUUCGUCCGUGGUGUUAUUGCUAUGAUUAAACCAACUAGUAAAGUACUACAUAUAACAUUUCCAAUUAGACGUGAAGAUGGAACAUUUGAAAUGAUUGAAGCUUGGAGAGCACAACACUGUGAACACCGAACACCAACAAAAGGUGGCAUUCGUUAUGCAGAAAAUGUCGGUGAAGAUGAGGUAAAAGCACUGUCCGCAUUAAUGACAUACAAAUGUGCUGUGGCUAAUAUACCAUUUGGUGGUGCAAAAGGUGGUGUAAAAAUUGAUCCAAGCAAGUAUACUGAAUAUGAAAUUGAAAAAAUCACUCGUCGUAUGACAGUGGAAUUUGCCAAGAAGGGAUUUUUGGGCCCUGGAGUAGAUGUUCCGGCACCAGAUAUGGGCACUAGCGAGCGUGAAAUGAGUUGGAUUGCGGAUACAUAUGCGCAAACAGUUGGUUACACCGAUAAAGAUGCAUAUGCUUGUGUUACUGGUAAACCGAUUGUUGCUGGAGGAAUUCAUGGUCGUACAGCGGCAACCGGACGUGGUGUAUGGAACGGUUUGGAAACAUUCCUAAAUAUUUCCGAUUAUAUGAAUAAAAUUGGUUUAAAGCCUGGAUUAAAAGGAAAGAAAAUUAUUGUUCAGGGUUUUGGUAAUGUUGGUACCUACACAUCACAUUUUGUAUCAACCGGUGGCGGAAUAAUCAUUGGCAUUCAAGAGUAUAAUUGCUCGGUGUAUAACCCAAAUGGAUUUGAUAUUGAUGCAUUGAUCAAAUAUGCAGCUGAACAUAAAACAGUAGCGGAUUUUCCAGAUGCUGAAGCAUAUGAACCAUACAGUGAAUUAAUUUAUGAAGAAUGUGAUGUGCUAAUUUUGGCAGCGUGUGAAAAAGUUAUCAACAAAAAUAAUGCUAACAAAAUUAAAGCCAAGGUUAUCGUAGAAGCAGCAAAUGGUCCAGUAACACCAGCAGCUGAGAAAAUUUUAUUAGCUCGUAAUGAUUGCAUUGUCAUUCCGGAUUUAUUCAUCAAUAGUGGUGGUGUUACGGUAUCAUUUUUUGAAUGGCUGAAAAAUUUGAAUCAUGUCAGUUUUGGUCGACUUACAUCAAAGCAUGAAAUUGAUUCCGGUUAUGAUUUGCUUGCAAGUGUUGAAGAAUCAUUAAAUCGUGAACUUGGAAAAAAUAUCAAAAUUGAACCAUCGGCAGGACUGAAAAGCCGAAUCAGUCAUAAAUCUGAAGAAGAAAUUGUUUAUUCCGGUUUAGAAUUUAGCAUGCAGAAAUCAGCCUAUGAUAUUAUAAAAACAAUAGAAAAAUACAAUCUUGGCUUGGAUAUACGUACUGCUGCAUACGCAACGGCAAUAGAAAAAAUAUAUAAUACUUAUCGUUCUUCUGGUUUUACAUUUGCAUAA